CUCCAUUGUUCUCUCUCCCUCCAAAAAAAGGAAAAACCCUUGGGACACCGCCAAACCAAAAAAAUGCUUCUCCAGAGCUCUAUGCACCACCACAAAGUUGCUCUCUCUUCUUCUCUCUCCUACUCUCCUCCCCUAGCAUGGAAAGUUCCCAAUUUUACCCUCCACCAAUCGAUUAAUUACAAUAGGCUUUCAAUCACCUGCUCAUCCAUAUCCCAAGUCCACAACUAUGGAACCGUGGACUACGAGCGGCGACCCUUGAUCAAAUGGAACAUCAUAUACAAGAGGAUAUCGCUAAUGGAAAAUCCUGAACUGGGUUCUGCGACUGUGCUGAACCAGUGGGAGAAGGAGGGAAGGAAGCUCACAAAAUGGGAGCUUUGUAGGGUUGUUAAGGAGUUGAGGAAGUAUAAGAGAUAUGAGCGUGCUCUUGAGGUAUAUGAGUGGAUGAACAAUAGAGGAGAGAGGUUUAGACUAUCCACCAGUGAUGCUGCAAUUCAAUUAGAUUUAAUUGCCAAAGUCCGUGGAGUCUCUAGUGCUGAAGGUUACUUCAUGAAGCUGCCAGAUAGUUUGAAGGACCGGAGGAUAUAUGGGGCCCUGCUCAAUGCCUAUGUACGGGCUAAAAUGAAAGAAAAGGCAGAAUCUUUACUUGAUAGAAUGAGAAGUAAAGGUCAUGCCUUGCACUCACUUCCAUAUAAUGUGAUGAUGACACUAUAUAUGAACCUCAAGGAGUAUGAAAAAGUUGACUUGCUGGUCUCAGAAAUGAUGGAGAAGAACAUAAAACUAGAUAUCUACUCAUAUAACAUCUGGUUAUCCUCUCGAGGCUCACAAGGAUCCGCAGAAAAGAUGGAAGAAGUAUUUCAACAGAUGAAACUGGACAGAACCAUUAAUCCCAACUGGACCACAUUCAGCACGUUGGCUACAAUGUACAUAAAGAUGGAGCAGAUUGAAAAAGCUGAAGAAUGUUUGAAGAAGGUUGAGAGUAGAAUCACAGGCCGGGAUCGGAUUCCUUAUCAUUAUCUUUUAAGUCUUUAUGGUAGUGUUGGAAACAAAGAGGAGAUUUAUCGGAUCUGGAAUGUUUAUAAAGCAGUUUUUCCCAAUAUUCCGAAUUUGGGAUACCAUGCAAUUAUCUGUUCUCUACUAAGAAUAGGUGAUAUUGAAGGGGCUGAAAAGAUUUAUGAUGAGUGGUUGUCAGUUAGGUCGUCUUAUGACCCUCGAAUUGCAAAUCUAUUCAUCACUUGUUAUGUCAAAGAAGGGAAUUUGGAAAAAGCCAAAGGUUUCUUUGACCACAUGAUUGAAGUGGGAGGAAAACCAAAUUCGAGUACGUGGGAGACACUUGCUGAGGGGCAUACUGCAGAGAAGAACACCUUUGAAGCUUUGUCCUGCUGGAAGGAAGCUUUCGCAGAAGAGGGAUCAAAGAGUUGGAGGCCAAAACCAAUAAAUGUAACUCUUUUCCUGGACCUCUGUGAACAAGAAGCUGAUUUAGCUAGCAAGGAAGUUUUAGUGGGAUUAUUGAGGCAGGCGGGAUAUAUUAAGGAUAAAUCAUAUGCAUCCCUUGUUGGCUUAUCUGAUGAAGCUAAUAAUGAUGAUAAUGGUAAUAGAAUGACAUCAGAGAGAGGAAACCCUGACGAUGAUGAGGAAGAUAACGAGAAUGAUGAAGAUGGGUCUGGAAUGCUUAUCAACCAACUGCAGGCUAGCCCAUGAUACUUCUUGUUGUUUCUAUGGGAAAGUACCAGCUCUUCUAUGCUGGGUGCAUGGAAUAAUUUAUACUGAAAUUUGCACAUUUCAGAAUUUGAAGCCCUCCCGAUCUUUUCAUGGUGGUUAUUGAGCACCAGAGAUUCAGUUCUGCUUUUAGUACGGAAAUUGGAAGAAAUCUAAAUAUUGGAAGUGGGUUUUGUUCAUACUUGAAAGGCCUUGCUUUGCGGGAGUAGCUUGCAUGUAGCUUAUGGAACAAGAAGUUUUGGUUUUUCAGCCCACAGUCUGUAAAAGAAAUUGUAGUGUCAGCAAAAUUUGAAUUUAAAUCACAAUUUAGGCAUUUUUGUGAAAUGAUCCUUCGACUGAUUAAAAUGGUCAAUAUUUUAUGAACUUAUAUCAAGAUCAAUUAUGCUCUACCAGUAAAUAGAUUAAAGAUUUCUUUGCAGGUGCUUAAAA